AUGUCCAAACAAGAAGAUGAACAAGUCCAGCGCCCGGAGAGGACAGAGGAGGAGAUGACAGAGGGAAGGAACAGACUGGGACGGACCGGAGCAGCCAAAAGCAAAACGUUUGAGGUCAUGGAGGAGUGUGAGAAAAUGGGUAAAACGGCGCCCUCUGUGUUCAGUCAGGUUCGUUCGGGAACAGAGACGGUUCUCUCCGGACGCUCAGCUCCACGACCGAAGAAGUAG